ACCGGGCGGCGCGGGCGGACGCGGCCGUGGGUGGGGCGGGCUUCCGACCCUGCGGCCCUGGCGUAUUCCUUUCACCUUCCGGACCUCCCUCUCCUGCAAAACCACCCGGAUCGGCCUCUCUUCCCGCUGGCCUGGCUAAUUCAUUUCACUCCUCCUCCGGAGUUGGCUGCCCUCGGAGGAGUGGGCGGGCCCGACUAGCAGGCUGAACCCGCGUGGAGCCUGGCGCGGUGGUGCCGAGACCGCGGGACUCAGGACGGCACAAAGGACUUGAUGCCCGAACCAAGUUUUCGGGAAUAAUCGGGAGUUUGUAUUGUGGAAGGUGCGGGGACACUGCACUAAGUGCAUUAUCUGCAUUAUCACCGAGUCUUCCCAACAACUCGUUGUGAUGGAGAGUGGUAUUUUCCCCAUUUUAUAGUUGCGGAAAACGAAGCCUCAGUAACUUUGCCCAGCCUACUCACACAGUAAAUGAUAGCGUCAGAAAUUGACUUACCAUGCCUCUGCAGUGCCUCUCUUCUAUACCUGUAAGCCAAGUGCUUGACAAAUGCCCUUUGAACAUCUUUCGUCUCAGCUCUGUAUUCAUCGGCUCUCUGAGGGGAUACAGCGAGGCAGAAGCCUCAGCCCCUGCCUUCUAGAUUUGUACACUUGAACCAGUCGACUGAAAAUGCAAAGCGCUCCAUGAGUGGUGCGGGCUGUUCAGAGGCGGGAGAGAUGGCAGUCAGCUGGAGCGCAUCAGGAAGGAUGCUGAUUUGAGCUGGGUGUGAUUUGGAAGAACCUGUUCCAGGUCCGGGACAGCCAAAGCAAAGACUCGCAGGAUUCUGCCCUACCCCUCAGCUCUUCAUCUGAUGGUUGGCAUCUCGGGGAUCUUGUUUUCCUAAGAUUAUUGGAAUUCCAGUGAUCAUCACAUGAACUCUUCCCCUGGCCUCAUCACCAUCCUGUGUUCCAGAGUUGUUCUAACUAAGGAACCUCGGUUUAGACACCUGAGUAUCAAGUUCUCUUCCGGAGGAAUUCUCCAAUCUUGGUGGAGUGUGGACUCCAUUUCGGUCCUGCUGCAGCUACUCCGUAGCCCAGGACCCGAGACAGAACCGCCCCUGUGGCAGCAGCUGGCAUCAUUUCAGGAGGCUGUGACAUUUGAGGAUGUGACCAGAGAUUGGAAGUGUCAAGAGGCCUCUCAGAAGGAUUGCAGCAGGGACACAAUGCUGGAAAGUUGCAAGAAGCCAGUCCCUCAGGGAUCCUUCUUACAGUUCUCCAUGAUGCCACAGAGAGCUGGAAAUGAUCCCCCUGGUAUUUCAAAUCCAAGUGAAAUGGAAAAGGAGAUAAGUAACAUGAGAGAAAAGUUUCUCAUCAGCGUGACAAAGUUAGUGGAAAGCAAAAGUUACAACAGUAAGGUAUUUUCCAAAGAAAAGUACUUUCAAACAAUAAAGGAAGUGAAAGAAGCUAAGGAGAAGGGGAGGAAGUCAUCACGUGAUUAUCGCCGUGCAGCAAAAUAUGACGUGAUCUCUGUACAGGGCACAGAGAAACUAAUAGAGGCUACUCACGGAGAACGAGAUCGAAUACAGUAUUACGUACACAAGGAAGAGCUGUUUGAUAUUCUUCACGACACACAUCUCAGUAUUGGCCACGGCGGGCGGACACGCAUGCUCAAGGAGCUGCAAGGAAAAUAUGAGAAUGUCACCAAAGAAGUCAUUGUCUUAUAUCUGACUCUGUGUAAACAGUGCCACCAGAAGAACCCAGUAUCCAAGAGAGGGCUCGCACCCAAGCCCACGCCAUUUAAGGACACUGACUCCAGAUGCCAAGUUGAAAUCCUUGACAUGCAGUCAAAUGCUGAUGGUGAGUUCAAGUUUAUUUUAUAUUACCAGGACCACUUGACCAAGUUUAUUAUUUUACGGCCAUUAAAGGCCAAACAGGUCCAUGAGGUGGUCGCUGUCCUGUUGGAUAUUUUCACAGUUCUUGGCACACCCACCAUGUUAGAAUCUGACAGUGGCUUGGAGUUCACAAACCAGGUUGUCAAUGAGCUCAAUGAGGUAUGGCCAGACCUAAAGAUUGUCCCUGGUAAGUACCACCCUGGCCAAGGCCAGGGCUCCCUGGAGCAAGCAAGCCGUGAUGUCAAGAACAUGCUGAGUGCCUGCAUGCAGAGUAACCGUUCAGGUCACUGGGCCGAAGGCCUGCGAUUCAUGCAGACGGGGAGGAAUCAGGCCUUUGAUGUUUCCUUGCAGCAAAGUCCAUAUGAGGCGAUGUUUGGUUGUAAAGCCAAAUGUGGACUCUAUUCCUCACACUUACCCCGGGAAACCGUGGCUGUUUUACAAACAGAAGAAGAACUAGAAAUUGCUGAAGAACAGCUAGAAAGCAGCCUUUGGAUCAGGCAGGAAGAAAGAGCUGAGGUCGGAGCAGACCGAUCUGACAUGGACGAGGACGUCAAUCCCACUCCUCCCGAAGCUGCAGAGCCCAGCACCUCCCAAGGGGCCCCAGGUCUCUUCUGCUGGUGAACAGACACCUGCCUCUGGGCACCGUGUAGCCACCUGAGAACUGUUGCCAAGGCCCCAGAUGCAAGGAAUGAAGGCCACACUCUCAGGAAAGCUGUCCAUGGUAGUCCUGGCUCACAGGGGGAAAGCAACUUGGGUCUCUGAUCUCGGGCUGCCAUAAAACAUUACCACAAAUGUGGAGGCUUAAAACAACAGCACUUUCUUCUCCCAUAGUUCUGGAGGCUAGAGGUCUGAAAUCAAGGUGUUGGCAGGGUUCGUCCCUUCUGGAGGCUCUGAGGGAGAAUCCAUUCCAUGCCUUUCUCCUUUGGUGGCUGCCGGCAGUCCUUGCAUCCCUUGGCUUAGAGUAGCACAGAUCCGGUCUCUGCCUCGUCUGCACGUGGGUCUUCAUGUGGCCUUCUCCCCUCUGUCUGUCUGUGUGCUCCUUUUCUGUCUCUUACAAGGACACUGUUGGACACCAAAUCUAUGUCGUUGGACUUAGGGCCCAUCCUAAUUGAGGAUGAUCUCAUCUCAAGAUCCUUUUUUUUCAAUUAAUUUAUUUACUUUUGGCUGCGUUGGAUCUUCGUUGCUGCGAGUGGGCUUUCUCUUAGCUGCAGCGAGCAGGGGCUACUCUUUGUUGCAGUGUGUGGGCUUCUCCUUGCCAUGGCUUCUGUUGUUGCAGAGCACGGUCUCUAGGUGUGUGGGCUUCAGUAGUUGUGGCACAUGGGCUCAGUAAUUGUGGCGCAUGGACUCAGUAGUUGUGGCUCACAGGCUCUAGAGCACAGGCUCAGUAGUUGUGACACACGGGCUUAGUUGCUCCAUGGCAUGUGGGAUCUUCCAGGAUCAGGGAUCGAACCCGUGUCCCCUGCAUUGGCAGGCAGAUUCUUAACCACUCUGCCACCAGGGAAGUCCCUCAAGAUCCUUAAUUUCAUCUGUGAAGACCCUUUUUCCAAGUAAGGUCACAUUCACGGGUGCUAGGGGUUUGGACUUGGACGUAUCUUUUUGGGGGGCUGCAGUUCUACCAACUACAGUCAGUGGAAGAGUAUGUUUGCCUGCAGAACAUGAACUGAUGGGGUCUGAGGCCUGUAGAGCUGGUGGGACUGCCCUACAUAUAUCUAGUGCCUGUUCCUGCUUCUAGACACAUAACCCAAAAGAUGGGGGCAUCAGAGAAGAAGAUGUAGGUGAAGGACAAAUAACGAGAAGAAAAGAGGUUGAUCUAACAUGCCCCAGAGAUUGCCUGCCCCACCAGGCAAUCAAGUUUCCUGCUUCAAGAGAAACCUGAUAUACCAUGCCGGCUCUCAGAAUGGCACCCACAGGGAUUAUUGUGUGAUGUGUCUGAAACAUAUUUUAAAAAUAGGUCAAAAUUAAGGCAUGGCUGGGAUUUGGGUCUGAGUCUGCCAGUUUUCUAUGCUUCAGGCACAGCACAACAUGUAUUCUUGGAAAGGGUCAGUGCAUUCCAGGAAGUGACCAGUAGCAGGGAAACAACUAAGGACUCCGGAGCAAAAUGCAAAAGUUGGCCUGAGGUCACUGCUCCAACCAGAGAAGAAUAGAGCAAAGGCCAGUCUGGGUCAUAGUUCAGAGUAAAGGGAAGAGUAAUACCCAGGAUCUGUGCACUGCUGUAUUCUCAAGGCCUGGAAGAGUACAUAGCCCGUGGGAGGUGUUCAGUAAGGAUUUGUUGAGUGAACAAAUGAUUCUUCAGAGAUGGACACUGGGAAGGAGAAGGGGCCUGCAGUCCCUUAUUCUCCCGUUCAUUCUUCCUGCCUAUCCUAGAGCCAUCUCAAAACCAUUCUGAUUGCCCCUGGCGCUGGUUUCGUCUUCUGAAAGAGGCAAGAACAGUCCUGAUGGCGCCUACCUCAUGGGGUCAUUGUGAAAGACAGUGAGAUAAUGCAUGUGAAGUUCUAGAUGUGAGUUGUCCUUGCUAUCAGCAGAUCUUAUCCUCCUUGUGAGAGUUGGAGAUCUCUGUUGCCAUUCUUUUGCUGAUUAAACAGUGUUAAGCUGGAUAUCCAGGAAGGCUGCAUUAUUAUUAGAAAGGAGAUGAUAUCACUUUCCAGCUUGUUUGGGGGGACCAGAAUCUUGCUCUAUCCUUGGCCAGCACCUCACGUUCCGCCCUUUCUAUAUCACUCAGGCUAGCAGGGCCUUGGAGGCCCAACUUGACUGAUGGUGCCAGCCCUCCCCCCACGCUGACUUCCUGGUUGCGGAGCAAACCAGGAACCACAUCAUCAACUCGUGUGGGUGAGAGGUGAGAUGAGGCACGACACUACUGCCUUUCCCAGGGGGUGGCCACAAAUAACCUAGGUUUCCGGAGCUGCUGCAUCAGUCUUCCUCCUUUGCUCCUUAGGGUUGGCAGUGGAGAGAGCUGGAGUGGACACCCAGACCCAGUCCAGCCUUACUCUGCAUUAACACAUUUCAGCAUCUGGAACAGAACUGGCUGCUUUCAAUUUGCAUAUAUAUUUUGUCCACUUAAUGUUUUUUAAAUGUAAAAAAAUUAAUUGCCAUCACUUUCAAAACAGAAGAUUUCGUAUAAAAAUCUGGAUGUCCAAUACCUCUUGAAAACUUGGAAGAUCUGGCCCCCCGCAUUUUUGCAGGGCAGCAGAGGACCAAGUGGUAACCCCCAGGAGGCAGGCCUGCGUUCUACACUUGGCCACCAUCUGGGCCAUUCCUGUAUUUUUGCAUAUGCAUUUCCGUGGCCUGUUGUUAAAGAAAGGCAGAUGACCUAUGGUUUUCUCAGGGUAUAUGCCCAGUAGUGGGAUUGCUGGGUCGUAUGGUAGUUCUAUUUGUAGUUUUUUAAGGAACCUCCAUACUGUUCUCCAUAGUGGUCAAAAAGUGUCAUGUACCACAAUGUUCAUUGCAGCUCUAUUUACAAUAGCCAGGACCUGGAAGCAACCUAAAUGUCCAUCGACAGACGAAUGGAUAAAGAAGAUGUGGCACAUAUAUACAAUGGAAUAUUACUCAGCCAUAAAAAGAAAUGAAAUGGAGGUAUUUGUAAUGAGGUGGAUGGAGUUAGAGUCUGUCAUACAGAGUGAAGUAAGUCAGAAAGAGAAAAACA